AUGCCGACAGAUGUGCUCAAAGACAGUAUCAGUAUCGAGGAAACACUGGUGAAGUGUGAUAGUAUGACUCUGUCCAGUGCCCCGCCUUUACGCAGAGGAAGUACCCCUCUGCCAAUCAAACACCAACUCAGACGGGAAGAAGCUGUUCAUGAUGAUUGUGAUUGGACAUCAGGGUUGGCUGGACCUUCUCCUCCUCCAAUCAGUUUCAGCCUGGCGAAGGAUGAGACCAUCACCUCAGCAGUAGAGAGGAGACCCCCCUCUGAAGGGCCCUUUCGAAUUGCCCUGCUGGGUCAGAAUGGGGUGGGCAAGUCAUGCCUUGCUAUCGCCUUGGCUGGGGAUUUGGAUCGAACUGCAUCUGUGGAUUCUGAAGGGGAGGGCUAUGUGCACACUGUUACCGUGGACGACGAGGACUGCACCAUCCUUAUCUACGACAACUGGAGGCAGGACCUGUCUGAUCUCCAGUGUGAGGUGUGUGUCCUGGUGUUCUCUGUGACGGACAGGCGGAGUUUCCACCGCACCGCCCAACUCCGCCUCCUCCUCAGGGAGACGCAACCGCAAACUCCCAUCAUCCUCGUGGGCAACAAGAGCGACCUGGUCCGUUCACGUGAGGUCAGCACUCAAGAGGCCCUCACCAGCGCUUCUCUGUUUGACUGUCUAUAUGUAGAGAUGUCAGCCUCUCUGGAUCACCGCACGGCAGAGCUCCUGGAGUAUGCUGUGAGGUUAGCCAGGGGCCUCAGCCCGGUGCCUCCAGGGGCCUGUGGGCACGACAUGGCUGGCGGCCGGGAGAGCAUCACCCACCGUGCCAAGCGUUUCCUCACUAGCCUGGUCCCACGCUACCCCCGCGAGAGGGAACGAGACGGGGGCAAGUUCUUUAGACAAAAGUCCCGGUCCUGCCAUGACCUGGGUGCCCUGUGA